AUGGCUUCCGCAACGAGGGCUACCAAAGCAAAGCCAAUCAAGCAAAAGUCAAAGCCUGCUUCUCUGGAUACAUCCUACCGACAUGUCCCGUUCAGCACUCGCCUCAACCCACGAAUCAAGCCAAGCAACGCGGAUUUUGUGGUCAUGGAGCAGUAUUUUGACAGACAGCUACGGAAGGCGGAUUUGACGAUAUCUGAGAUACUCAAUGAUCAUUUUACGGCUCCAGAGAUCGAGCAAUUUAUACCUUCUCAGGAUAAGACCCUCGCAAAAGAACAGGAGCGCAGGACAGAGGACUUUAAAUAUCUGCUCAAAACAACAUUUGCGAAAAAGGCACCGACCCUCCCCUGCAAAAUGGCAAUGCUCUACUUUGGACUUCCUGUUGCGCCAAUGAAGAUGGAUAUAUCCCAAGACCCAUGGGAAAAAUAUCUGGAAACUCUCGACCAGUGUGAUGAAGAGGGUCUCCCAGAUCCGCUGGGAUAUUUGGAAAAGCACCGUCAGCGUCCCUUGGGUGAUCAAACAGGAAACCAAGACGUUCCUGCCAUGGAUCUUCGUGGCGGUGGCCUAAGCGAACAAGAUGUCGACGCCAUCUUGUCAGACAUUGUCAAGGGAGACAAUGAGCAAGACGAUGUCAUGUCUAUUCAAUGGGAGAAGGAAGCCAGCGACCAACUGACCAUGACUCUCCGUGGAGGUAGACUGGCGUAUGACGAUCUACCUGAGCACACCGGCAAGGAUGCAGACGAUGCCGGAAAUGCCUUCAUAUGGCUGUACGGCCGCCAGGGGAGCAUCGGAAUCGGAGCGACCUGGGCUGAUUUCGUCCAGGGCGUCGUUCGCUUGCUAGAUCUGGGUGUGGAGCAACAAAAGAGCCAGAAUGCGUCUAUUCAGAUUGGUAUCGACCUUUUUGAAGGCCCCGGCGAGCUCUUGAAGACACAUCUGAUGACACAAGAAGGUAAAUUCUGGCUGAACGCGGAAAAGUAUGAUGAUGACCCCAACAAUGAGAUCCUGGAGUUUGUGACUACAAAUUCGAACAAGACACACGACCUACAGACAGAUCGUCGAGUAUGCUUUGUCCGUUUUGCGCGAGAAGCGCGCCCGACGAACUACCGACCUAUUGGGGCGGGCCGGAUUGAGGUCGUGCGUGAUGAUGUUGAAGAGUGCCCCAAAGCGUACAUGAGAACCACUCGUUCGCCGACAAAACAGAAUGCACAGUCACAAUAUGAUACAGAGUGGCACAAAGCGCUCAGAACCAUCCUUCCCGUUCAACCACGUCACUAUUGGAUGGAUGUAGCUCUCGAGACUGCAUCAGGGGACAGGUGGGAAUACGGUCGAUGGUACGUGGACCAAGGCUUUCCUGACCUUCUCAAAGAUCAAAUCGUAGACGCAUUAUCGGGUCCCGACAGAUUUCAGAUUCUCACGACGAUGGCUCCAGUAGCGGAGAAUGAUAUACCCGUUCUCACGUCGCCUUGGUAUACAGGCACUACGGCCGACGACCGACAUGGUCAUGUUCAGACUAUAACAAAAGCAAACAUGACUCAAAUGCGGACGAUAACGGAUGCAGUCAUUCACCAUCUUUUGGAUGGUCGGUCCAAGGCGGGUGGCGAGCCGUAUUCAGCUCAUGACGUUGAUUACGUCGAGCUGUAUAUCUCAGCUAGAGGUUUCGUAGACGAUUCCAUAACACCGGUCAAAUGUUACUAUCAGAACGGCCGGGCAAUCUCCCACGACCAACAAUGGCAAAAACGCAUCGACCAGUUUCGCGCUGAGAAUGAAGCAGAAUAUGAUGCAGGAUUUGCGAUUUGGGCUCGUCCCAUCUACAAAGAGUACGUUGUAGCCGACAGAUUUGACCCUGCAAAGUGUAUGAGAAGCUUUACAAUGUCGGCCUCCCUGCUCGAGAUGAGCCUCGCAAACUUCAAAACGGAAAUAGCUGCACGUAUCUUCAAUGACGGCUUUUACGACCCGCAAGAUGACAAUAUGGUCUUGGGCUUGACCACAGCUGGGGAGGCAAACCCGAGAAACAUGCUGUUAAGACCUGACACGACGGAGCUUGAAUGGGCCAGAAUGAAAAAGAUGCUGGCCUUUGGUUGGAUAUGUGUGGAAGGAGGGAAACUCCUAGAAAAUAGAAAGCACGCGUAUGAGAUCGCCACGCGAUGGAACGCUGGCCCUUCUUCUUACUGGGGUGCAUGUUACAAUGUGGGAAAGCCUCCCCUAGCAAUCAUCCCAACUCCAUCAGCAUCGGGUACAUCUGCUGUUCCUGCAACGAACUCCGUCAAUGGUUCUGCUCCUGCGCGACAGCAGGGACUUUGGAGAACCCCUAGCAUUUUUUCGAACCCAUUGAAGCCUAUCUUGCCCAUCACUGGAGGUCCAAAAGAGUCCAAUAUGAAGGGUAACCCACGCGCUCUUUUUCUCACAACCACUGCCAAGGAUACGACGGAGGGAUCAAGUCAAGAGAAUGACGUUCAUGGUUUCCGAAAUCUUGCCCUUGGUCGAGUGAGAAGAUGUCCAUAUAGCGACUGUGGCAAUACGUAUGAUUACAACAAUCAAGAGGCCUUCGACACUCAUUUAAAGCAGGAUCACCUGGAGCUGCAAUGUCCGUACUGCUACGCGAGUGGGCUCGGCGGUAGCCAAGCCAAGAACGCGCUUUACUUUCGGAACAAAUCCCAAGCUCUACAGCAUUUCUAUGAGCAUCAUUUGAAGGAUAUGUUGUCUCAAGCUAAUAUUGGAGUCACUGGCCAAGACCAAUCUCAAAGCAAUGUCCCUGGCGCUGUUCUGAGUAACGAAGAUAAGCGGCAGAUUCUUGCAGAUUACAAACAUUGCAACCAGUGUGGUCGUGAUCAUUUAGCCUGUCAUUCACCUGCGGAUAGAGAUAACCACAGAAAAAAGUGUCUCAAUAUUGCUGCUGCAGGCGGCAGCUCAACUGGACGCGGGUCUACUCGUUUGCCGGGCUAUUGCGUUUACUGUGGCGAGGCAUCCAACGGCUCAUGUACGAAUGCCAAGUGCGCUGGAAAGAUAGCUUCAGCGAAUCCCACGCCCGAGAUAUGCUGCCAGAAUUGCGGCUUAGAAUGGGCUGGCUACACUCCAGCGUAUCAAGCUCAGCACAGGGUUGGAUGUAAACCACUCGGUGGUCAUCCUUGGGAAUUUUGCGGAUUUUGCGGCGUAUCACUCACGACAAUGGACUAUGCCUCCCGACGCUCUCAUGGCGAAUUUUGCAGUCAGCGGCCGAAACCCAAAAGCAGGGAGUGUCCUCAAUGCCCAAUCCUUCUCGAAACGCCCAAACAGGCCCACGAUCAUUUCGCACGUAAACAUGCAAUCAGUGAUCGCUGCCUGUGGUGCGAGCAGGCGUUUCCGAUCCAUGAUCGUGCAUGGACUGAGGAUGUCAAGGUCCAGCAUUUUGCUGGCCAUAUGGGAGCGCAUCCUCACGUUUCUGGAACCGGUCCCGGUGAUAGAGUUGGUAUUCAUGAUCUAAAAUGCCCUGGCUUCGUCGACUGUGGCGUUGUGGUAUCUCACAUGACUUCUGAGCAAUAUCUGCAUCACAUGGAUCAAAGCCACGGAGUUGCCAUGGCAGCCGGCCAGACACACCUUCCCAAUGGCUUGCAGUUUAUCACCCACACAGCAAGUGCAGCAUCGCUGAGGAGCUGGCAGCCCCCAGUGCCGCCUCCAACAUCAACAGCAGUAGGACCCCAGUUUGAAUGGAAAUUCAGCAGCACAGCGAGGGCAGCAUCUCCGGACUGGUCAACAGUAGCACCCCAUAGGCCAUUCACCGCCCGUCCAUUCCAGCCCACUGAGCACAUGAGGUGCUCGCGAUGCUUUACACUCGCCCCCACUAUGGAUGACCCGAAUCGGGAAGCGGAAAUUGAACUUCAUUGUAAUCCCAAAUUUUCCUGUCGAAUCAGACGCGCGCCGGGUGAAUACCAUCCCACGGGAGCCCAAGUUCCCAACACGAGUGGAUGGAUUAGAUUUCCAUCUGGAUUUGACUUCAAGGCCGCGCGUAGGGCAUUCUUUGACGCAUACCCUGCUUACCACGGGUCCAUCUUCCCCGCCGACGACGACCGCGUUGCUGCUGUCUACGAUGAUCCUGCUCAAGCACGUGGCACCCCUCGCGAUGAUAUCUACUCGGCUUCUCGUACUGAUGAUGCUCUGGCACGUCACCAAUUGCCGUGGCCUCCCCACAUGGGACAUGGCAUUUAUCGAAACCUCGACCCCAUAGAUUUCGAUGGUUGGCACACUGUGCCUGCCAGUCACGCGUCAUCUACCGCCGCUACAACAGCCCGUGGAAAGGCAAAGAGCGCCUUGGCUGGAACUACAAGACGAGGCCCCUCGACCCGCAAGAACACGAGCGAUUCGGCUCGCCUGCUCUUGGAAAUCAGCUCGCAGUCGUCCGAUUCUGGCAGCGAGGAAGAAACCGGACAAUCUGAAUCAAGCACAAGCGAUGACGACGGCCUGAACCCGUGGUCAUCCGGUGGCGGCAGCGCAAGGAGGCUACCUAGGAGCAUGCGUGCGUAUGAUCCCUCUUAUCGCAAGCUCAGCAGAGAUGAAGAGCCGGAGGAAGAGGUUGAUGAUCGCACUAAUCACAAGGAUGGAGCAGUCGAGAACUUCUCAAUGCUGAUUCCGGGAAUGAAAGCUCUGCCCGCUGACUUUAGGUCACCCUUGGAACCCGGAUUCCCAAGGAAGCGAGCGCGAACCCCGAAGGAUGUCUCCAAUGAUGAGAGACCUAUGAAGCGAUUCAAGGGCGUUGCAACAUCUAGUAGAGACCCAACGCCAGUAGGCGAAGCAUCUUCAACCAUCGUUGCCGGGGGAAAGGAGAAAGUAAAGGCCGCUCCCAAGACACACGCUAAACGUGCCGUUGCGCUCAAAGCUUCUUUACCAACAGAACCGGCUACUCCAUCAACAGAAGUGCCUUCUGUUGCUUUGCGUAAAAGCUCACGAGCCGCGAGAUCAACCAAAAAGGUCACUUAUACAGACCAAGCUGAUGACGACAACGACGGCGAAACGCUUGCCCUGAACGGAGCGGCAGGAAGCAAGUAUGAGAAGACACCCGCUAGGCGAGGCCGCAAGAAAGCAACUAAUGAGGUCCAUACCGAAAAGUCAGCCAAGACUCCCGCAAGAACACCCUCGAAGCCGGCAGUGAAGGCUACUACCGAGACGCCGGCCAAGAAGACCCGGAAGAAGACUUCUCAAGUUGACGAUACUGUGUCUGCCACCGAAGUCCUCGAUGACGCAGUUGCGGAUGGGAAACGACCCAGGAGACAGCCGCGAUUCAAAUAG